AUGAACAAACACAUCUUGUUGCUCUUCUCUCUCCUCUGCCUCACUGUGGCAGUGACAUCACUGAUUUGUGUAACAUGCCACCUUCGCACACAGACAGACCACUGUAGAAGAGGCUUUGGUGUCUGUACUGCUCAGAAACACGAGACAUGCAUGAUCUUAAAGAUCUUACAAGAUGGUGUUCUCCAGCUAUCAUACAUGGUGUGUCAGAAGUUCUGCAGAGAUCGGACAUAUGAGCGCAACAACCGAAGCUUUGUUCAUAAAUGCUGCAACUCCAAUUAUUGUAACUACAAAACCUAAGAUCUUUGCCCUCCCGAGGUUUCACUCUAUAACGUCACAGAUGUUGCUUACCCAUCACACUUCACCUGCCCCAGCUGUCUGGUCUGACAGUACACCUGCUAUCUCCUUAACUCAGUCAUCCUUUCUGAUACUGUCAGCAUGGCCCUGCCCUUGGUCAGGGGAUAAUGGUUCUGAACAAUUGGAUUUCUUCUAUGGAAAAGUUUGAAUUUCCAUACUCCAAGAAGCCUACUUUCAAGAGUCCCUAUACAGUAAGAUUUA